AAUCUGUGCAGUGUGGACUGUGGACACUGGACAGUGUCGAUUUUUGAAACUCGAAAACAUUGAUUAACACACCUGUGCUAAAAUAUAUAUAUAAAAACAUUAUUAAGAAUUAAACUAAUGACUAACGUUCUUAUUCGUAGUAGCAAAUCUGUGAAUAUGAAAAUAAAUUCGAAACAUCCGCGAAUUCUGCAAUGAAUUUUUGGACAAUAUAAUAGCAUUGUAAUUUUAUCAGCGCUAAAAGUCAGACAAGAAAGAAUAAAAAAAAAAAUUACUGUUCCACCUGCCACCAUACUAAGAAGUACAUGCCAUUUUUAUCGGCGAUGAAUACGUUUAAUUUACAUUUCAUUUUAAAGUGUUGCUGUAUCCUUCUGUUUUUAUUUGUGUAUAAUGCUACGACUACGUCAUGUAAUUUUAAUAUCAAAUUAAUUCAAACUCUCCACAAUGAAGGGUUCCACAGGAAUAUAACAUAUGAUAUAGAUUAUGGAGCUUAUGAUGGUAAUAAAGACUUUUACGAGGAUUGCUCUGUGGGACUAGAGCAAGUACUGCCAGCUGGCCUUUUUGCUUCUCCUGAUGAACUUGAAGAAUUGAGAUAUAAGACAAGAACAAUAUUCAAGAGCAAAGUGGACGUAGAAAUAUCAGCAGAAUUGGCAAGUCCUAUCACUGUUCAUCUAUUGGGCACUGUACAAAGUCACAAAACAUUUCUAUCCCUACCCGUACAUGCUCGCUAUCACAAAUCAGUAGCUGGUGGAGGGUAUGUUAGUGUGGAUAUACCUCCACCACUUCUCUACAUUAACUGUGGCCCCAAGAAAUUUGGAAAGUGUAGCGGUGAAUCACUUGUCAAUAGCUUCUGUCCCAAAAAUCUUCAAUAUAAGUGCCCCUGGAUACAAGUGCCUGUUGGAGGCGGCGCUCCACUAAGUUGGAAGAUACCACGUGGGAAUACGCAGCAUCAUAACUUGGUUUGGUUUGGGACGGUAGCAGUUGUUUGCUUUGGUUCCUUAUACAUCUUGAAAGAAAUACAUUGUCAUAAGUCUAGACAAAAUAAACAAUAAUUAUAAAA